AUGACGUCAAUCACUUCUGUCGAAUUGAACUACCUCGUCUUCCGGUACCUUCAAGAGUCAGGUUUCACCCAUUCAGCAUUUGCUUUAGGCUAUGAGGCAGGUAUUAACAAAUGCACUAUAGAUGGCAACAUGGUUCCUCCUGCUGCUCUUAUAUCAUUUGUCCAAAAGGGACUGCAGUACUUGGAGAUGGAAGCAAACUUAAGUAAUAGUGAUGCUGACGCUGAUGAAGACUUCUCACUUCUGCAACCUUUGGAUCUAAUCACAAAAGAUGUCCGUGAGUUGCGGCAAAUGAUCAAAGAGAGGAAAAAGAGUCUGCAGAAAGAGAGAGAUAAAGAAAUAGAGAAGGCGAAGGAGAAAGAGAAAGAGAAAGAGAAGGAGAAGGAGAAGGAGAAGGAGAAGGAGAAGGAGAGGGAGACAGAGAGGGAGAAGGAGAAGGAGAAGGAGAAAGAGAAAGAGAGGGAAAAGGAUAAGGAGACUGAGAAGGAGCAUGAAAGAGAACGUGCACGUAUAAGAGAGAAGGAACGACAGGAACGAGAAAAAGAGGUAGAGAAGGACAGAGAGAGAGAUCGAGAAAAACAACAUGAAGAUAAUGCUGACAGAGGGGCCAUUCCUGACCGAGAGGAGAAGACUGUUGUCAAACAUGAAGAAAAUGGCAUUUCUGGAGGGGCUGAACCAAUGGAUAUAUCUGUUCCAUCAACUUCUCAGGCAUGUGAAAUUAGUAGUUCCGAUGUGAUGAUAUUGGAAGGUCAUGCUUCGGAGGUUUGUGCCUGUGCAUGGAGUCCUACUGGAUCACUUCUUGCAUCCGGAUCUGGAGAUUCAACUGCACGUAUAUGGACUAUUGCGGAGGGGACCGCUAGAUCUAGCAUGCAGAAUGGUCCAGCUAAUGUACUGGUGCUGAAGCAUGUAAAGGGGAGAACAAACGAGAAGAGUAAAGACGUGACAACACUUGAUUGGAAUGGUGAGGGAACAUUACUUGCUACAGGUUCAUAUGAUGGGCAAGCCAGAAUAUGGAGUACGAACGGCGAGCUGAAAAGUACUCUGUCCAAACAUAAAGGACCUAUUUUCUCUCUUAAGUGGAACAAGAAGGGAGAUUUUCUUCUGACUGGAAGCUGCGACAAAACGGCGAUAGUUUGGGAUGUGAAAGCUGAGGAAUGGCGACAACAGUUUGAGUUCCACACAGGUCCUAUACUUGAUGUUGAUUGGCGCAACAAUGUUUCAUUUGCAACAAGCUCCACAGACAAUAUGAUAUAUGUCUGCAAAGUUGGAGAGACACGCCCAAUAAAGACAUUUGCUGGCCAUCAGGGUGAGGUUAAUUGUGUUAAGUGGGAUCCAGCAGGUCAGCUAUUGGCAUCUUGCUCUGACGACAUCAGUGCUAAGAUAUGGAGCAUGAAACAAGAGAAGUACGUUUAUGAUCUGAGGGAACACACCAAGGAAAUAUAUACACUUAGAUGGAGUCCUACUGGACCUGGUAGCAGCAAUCCUAACGAACAAUUGGUGCUGGCAAGUGCAUCAUUUGACUCAACAGUGAAGUUGUGGGAUGUGGAGGUCGGGAAACUUCUCUGCACUUUGUGUGGACACAGGGAUCCUGUAUAUUCCGUCGCCUUCAGCCCCAAUGGAGAGUAUCUGGCGAGCGGUUCUCUCGACAGAUGCAUAAACGUCUGGUCAUUGAAGGAUGGAAACAUAGUGAAGAAAUACACUGGCAACGGCGGAAUAUUCGAAGUUUGUUGGAACAAAGAAGGCGAUAAAAUUGCCGCUUGUUUUGCAAACAACACUGUUUGUGUUCUGGAUUUCAGAAUGUGA